UAGCCGAGCAACGCCAGGUCACAUGACCUCCCCUGGAUGGAGGCGCGUUUCCAUGACGUCAUCGGCCAGCGCUUCCAGCUGAUUGUUUCCCCGGUUCCGGGCUGAGCCGGGGGCUGCUGUGUUGGCAUCACCGGGCUGAGCCUCCAUUCUAGCGGGUGUGCAGCAUGUAUGAGCCGCAAUGGGAUCCACUCUCUGUAUCUGCUCUCGAGGGGUCAUAACCAUUGAAAACAGGCGUUACCUCUUCAUCCAGAAGCUGGGAGAGGGGGGAUUCAGCUAUGUAGAUCUAUUUGAAGGGGUCCACGACGGGCGGUUUUACGCCCUGAAGCGUAUAUUAUGCCAUGACCGGGAAGAUCGGAAGGAAGCUCUGCAUGAGAUGGAGAUGCAUCGUUUAUUCAGUCACCCCAAUAUUCUGCGUCUGGAGGCGCACUGCAUGAUGGAGAAAGGACCCAAGUGGGAGGCCUGGCUCCUGCUCCCCUUCGUGAGGAGGGGGACAUUGUGGAAUGAGGUGGAAGCUCUACGAGAUAAGAAUGCAUUCCUGUCCGAAGAGAAGAUCCUGUAUAUUCUGCAUGGGAUUUGUCUAGGACUGAAAGCCAUUCAUGACCAGGGCUAUGCUCACAGAGACUUAAAACCCACAAACGUGUUACUGGAGGAGGAUGACCGGCCUCUUCUGAUGGAUCUCGGCUCAAUGAAUCAUGCUCGUAUUGAGGUGAAUGGAAGUCGGCAGGCGAUGGCUGUGCAGGACUGGGCUGCACAGAGAUGCACCAUUUCCUACCGGGCCCCGGAGCUCUUUAGUGUGAGCAGUAACUGUGUGAUUGACGAGCGGACCGAUAUCUGGUCUCUCGGCUGUGUGCUCUACUCCAUGAUGUUCGGGGAGGGCCCCUACGACAUGAUUUUCCAGAAGGGAGACAGUGUAGCUCUGGCUGUCCAGAACCGUAUCUCAAUACCUGAAAAUAACAGGUAUUCCCAAGGCCUGCAGUCUCUGCUGUCCUCCAUGAUGGUGGUAGACCAUCUAGAAAGGCCGUACAUCUCCACCAUACUGACCCAACUUGAGGCGCUGCACCCCAUUGUAGAUGGGCAAGCCACCACGAGGAUAUGAUGUCAUGGCAAGUGACUUCACUCAAGUGCUGCUUCCGUCGGACCACCAGUGUCGUACUGUAGGACAAUUCCAGAUGGUGGUGGUCUGGUCUGUGGUGUCUGUCAAGAGUGACUCUCUUGUCCCUUUUAUGUCUUCAGGUUUUAUUUCUGAUUUUAUUUUAUUUUUAACACAUGAACUGCAGGCUACUUCUGAGUGCCGGUACGUAGACGACGUGUCCUCGCCUUAUAUAACGCGUCCUCGGUUCUGUCCCCCAGAGGCUGCUAAACUCAGGCCAGUGCUGCGUCUCUGGCCUCUGGAGCGUGUUGUCAUUGUGCUGUGUCAGAUGUUACAUGUUUCAUCUCUUCUAUAAAGGGCGUUUAUUAUAAAAAAACAAAGGUUGGAAUGGAAAGUGCGCUUACCGUACCAACGUGUCCUGUCGCCAGUCACACACACACACACACACACACACAUCACGGCAUUCAGUAUCGACGCUUAAAGGGGUUAUGCCGUGAUUGAUGAUUUCUAACAAAGCCAGAACCAGUCCUGUACCGCACACGGAUCCAGAGAUCUCCAUAGUCACUGCUGGAAUAAUUUCAGACUGGCAGCUCGGGGGACGUGUCCUUUUUACUGCAGCUCUUUCCCUGUAACUGCUACAGCUUCUUUUAGGCUGGUGGCAGCUGAAGAUUUAAACUGGGCACCUGCCAGGUGGACAAGAAAGAGGGCAAAGAAUAAACUGCAGGUGGCGCUAUACAGAUAGAUUUCAUUGAAUAACUCCCAAUUAGAUGCAAUUACAAAAGUUUUCAGAUCCAGAUGCUGGUUUAAAAAAUGUAGAAUAUUUUUUUUUUUGUAGCACAACCCCAUUAA